AUGUCGACGGCCGAGAUCAACAAAUACUUCGCCCAACCGGACGCCCCCCUCCCCGAAGAUGUCACCACCGAACUACAACACAUCGUCCAACUGCUCGGCCUCACACCCGAGGACCUCUACUACAAAUGGGACAGCUACGUGAUCACCAUGGGUGCCGACACCACAAAGCUGGACUACAAAACCGUGCGGGACUUCAAAAAGACGCUGCAAGAUGCAAUGGAGAGGGAGUCGAGAAAGGGUCAGGUCACACAUACUGCCACGAAGAGGACGACAGCGACGCCUCGAGCGGGAGCUGGAGGAGAUGUGUUUGGGAUGCUGGAUGGCAUGGUUUCGAAUACACCGUCCGCGCGAGCAUCUUUGUCCAAAAGAAAGGCGAACUUUGACUCGCCCGCUUCUAAGUCGGCGAGGAAUGGAUUGAACAGCUCGCCCGCCGACAGCAAGACUCCGAUUUCCACGUCGAGGAAUAUGCCCUCUGUCAAUUUUGAUGAGAGGAAGAACGCCGGAGAUGUGAUUGAAUGUCUCAACUCUCACCUUCCCGCGGCCGCCAUACCAGAGAUACCACCAACGGAACCACGGAUCAAACUCAAAGCAGCCAGCGAUCUUCCCAAAUUCUCGUACAAGCCAAUGGCUAUGAAACUCUCUGAAGCCUCAGAAACACUCGAUGAUCGGAUUGAUAGCUUCACGGAGCAGGUCCAAAAGCAUUACGAGCUAGAGGACAGCGCUUUCGGCAAUCCCGCAGCUCAAUCUACAGCAGAGAUUGUCGCAGUCGGCCGCAUAGCAUGUGAUGUGCCGAAUGGCAAACUGAAUGCAUCAAGUCUCGUGCUUGAGACCUCCAGACGAAUGGGUGCAGGCAUGCGCGUACCUCUACAGAUGGACCCAUCUCUGACCUACGACUUCUUCCCGGGCAAGAUUGUAGCAUUGAGAGGGACGAAUGUGGGAGGUGAAUUCUUUCGGCCAACAGAGGUACUACCCAUACCUCUCCUCCCACCGGCUGCCUCAUUACCUUCCGACCUCAUCAAUCACAACGCCCGCCUUGAAGAUGCUACGGGUAAUACGCCACCUCUCAACCUUCUCGUCGCCAGCGGACCCUACACGACAGACACAGACCUUUCGUAUGCCCCCUUGUACGCACUGCUCAACGUCGCCUCAACACAAAAACCAGAUCUCCUUCUCAUCUCCGGACCCUUUCUCGACCUCGAACAUCCACAGAUCUCCGCCGGCGACGUAGCAUCUCUCAUCCCAGAUUCCUCAAAUAUCUCCCCUGACCGCGCAACCCUCACCGACCUCUUCCGUCUGACAAUCUCCCAACCACUCAAUGCCCUAGCGGCAGCAAACCCCAGCAUGACAAUCGUCCUAGUCCCCUCCCUCCGUGACGCCGUCAUGAAGACCGUCUCCUGGCCACAAGAUAGAGGCGUCAAGAAAGACUUGGGUCUAGGAGGGCGUAACAUCAACAUCGUCUCAAAUCCAAUCUGCCUCUCCCUGAACGAGAUCUUACUGGGCACAACAAGCACCGACGUCCUCUCCGAACUCCGCAGAGAAAACGUCUACCACAACGCAGCACAAAACGGCAGGACCAAUGGCCUCGGAAUAACAGACGACAUUCUCGCCCGCCUCUCCGGCCACAUCCUCGAGCAAUCCCAUUUCUUCCCCGUUUUCCCUCCAGCCGCACGCGAAGAUCUCCCCAAACCCACCCGACUUGCUGGCGAGGUACCCGAAGUCGGCGGUGAAGAGCAGCUCGCUAUGGGCGCGAACUUGGACUUGGGAUACCUCAAACUCGGCGAGUUCUGGAUGGCUCGGCCGGAUUUGUUGGUCUUGCCGAGCGGACUGAGUCCGUUUGCGAAGGUGGUGGAAAGCACGGUUGUGGUGAAUCCGGGGACGGUCAGUAAGAAACGAGGAGCGGGGACGUAUGCUGUUGUUACGGUGGGGAGGAGGGAGGUCAGGGAGAGUGAGACGGAGAAGGAGGAGACGGUCGGGCAUGAGGUUUAUGAUCGGGCGAGGGUGGAGAUUAGGAGGAUUUAA